GACUACAAGACAGUGUAUGUGAACUGUUCUGUUUAUGGAGAGUCUCCAUUUGAAGUCUCAUGGUUGUAUAGUACUGAUGAGAUAUCUAAUAGAUCCAGUGACUACACUAUCAUCAGUGGUAGUAAAGUGUCUAAUAUUGUGUACAAUCCUAACUCUGAUGAUGAAGGAUAUGUGUGGUGGAACAGUUCUCUUCUUUUGAAUCCUAUUAAUAACUCAACAGUUGGAUAUUACUACUGUAGAGUCAACACCUCAUUUGGUCUAAACUAUUCAAAACCAGUUUACAUCAGGAGCACUUCUACACCAAUGUUGAUUUCAAAUAAUACAAGUUUAUAUAAAAAGAGAUAUUACUUAGUGAAUGGUAGUUGUGUUGUACAAAGUUUCCCUCAACCAAAUAUACUUGUUGCAUUUCAAACCUUAUUUUCAUCAGGAUCAAGUACUAGAGUGUAUCAGAACUAUGAAACUGCUAACAUCUCUCACAAUCAUUAUGUUAGUAGUCAUCCUUUCCUCUACGUUAAUAAAGAAGGUGAUGACAUCAUACGUGUAAACUGGUCAAUUCCAUUCAGCCAUAUGUUCUCAAUGCAACUAAUAGCCAUCAGUUACAACUCUACCUCCAAUGUAUCUGAAUAUCACAAGCUAUACACUCACACUGGUCAUACAUAUGCCCACAUUUUACAGUUGUCUGAAGCUGAUGAGAUAGUGACUUUAUCAUGUAUCUGUGCAGAAUGUGAUGAUAUUCAAUGGAGACGAAACAAUAAGUAUAUACUUAAGACAAGCUACGGUGUUGCUAGCAUUACAAAAGAGUUGUGGCCAUACUAUACCAUCAAUUUGAAACACAGCACAUACUCAAUUUCUUAUAAUGACCUCAACAGAUAUGCUUGCAGUUCAGUCAGUAAUCAAGAUGACAUUUUUGAUUACAGUUUUUCUGUCGUUCAGAGUCCAUUUGCUGUAAUUACAAAAAAUCCCAUAAGUACAACAAAAACUCCAGGAGAGGUCUUAACUCUUGAUUUGUCAGCUCAAAGUCUUCAUACAAUGACUGCAAAAUGGGAGACAUCAAAAUACAUUGAAGGGGGAUGGAAUGAGUCUUAUACUAAUAGUCUGGAAGGGUAUUUGUUUGUCCUAGACAGCAAUGUCAGUUUUAAAAUCUCCAUUACAGCACGAAGCUCAUUUGUUGUGAGCUGUACAGUAAAAACACACUUCUUUAUUCAGCUCUUGGCAGACAUUCCUGCAAGUUAUAAUCUCUAUGAUAGAGGAACACUCUUUCAACAAAGCCCACAAACACUGUCUUCCUACAGUACUGCUGAUAUUGAGAUACAGUUUCCAUCUUCUGUUCAUUCUAACAUUACACAAUUGAUUGUGAAUGAAACUGAUAGGAUACAUCUGUGGUGCUAUGUAAGUGGUGUUCCUCAACCAUUAAUAACAUGGUACCACAGAAAUAAACGGCUGAUCAAUAGCAAUAUUUUGACACAAACUAAAUUCCAGAUGGAAUUAAUAAUCAUAAAUUCAAAUCGAGAGAGGGACGAAGGAACUUACACAUGUCAAGCCAAAAACAAUGUUACUAAUCUGAUUAAUGCCACAGACUCUCACAAUAUAACAGUCCACAUACAGG